AUGAAAAGACGAUUGAGUGAGGCCUUUGAAGAGGAUGAUAUUUCGAAAAUACGCAUACAUCCAUUAUUACAGACUCCGCAAGCUGAGGCCACACCUAUCGUGCAAGCGCAAGAAUGGAGAAAUGGAAGUAUAAAGAACGUCAAUCCAUAUUACCAAUCUGAGGAAUAUUUUGAAGAUAAAGGACGCCGAAAAGUUUUGAUUGGGGUGAAUGUAGCUGGUGAACAACGGUCACGUGGAGAUGCAUUUCGUGAGAGAUUGAGAAGGGAGAGAGAAGCCAAGGAAAGAGAGAAGGAUUUGGAACGCAAAGGGCACGUACCUAAUCUUAGGCUUGGGGAGGAAAAGUAUGCGGAAUCUAUUAUUGAGCCAAACUAUGUCGAAUGGUGGGAUCGUGAUUAUUUUGAUCGCCGGGGAAACUUACUAGACCUGGGUAAUAUUGAACUAAUUACUAGCUAUGUGCAACAUCCUGUGAUUAUUGGCGGCGUAAGUAAAGGUGAAAAUAUUGAAGAGAAGGUAUAUUUGACAAAAAAGGAAAUGAAGAAGCUCAGAAGAGGCAAGAGGAAGCUUGCAAUUGAGGAGAAGCGAGAUAUGAUUAAGCUUGGCCUACUAAAGAACGAGGGUGAUAAGGUAAGUUUGAAGAAUUUGCCCAAUGUUCUGUUGAAUGAAGGAGUUGCUAAUCCUACUGAAGUAGAGAUGAGGGUCCGUGAACAAGUUGCGAAAAGAAGGGAGCAACACGAGGCAAUGAAUGAGGAGAGAAAGCUCACUAAGGAGCAACGAAAUGAGAAGAGGCUGCGUGGGAUUGAGAGAGAUGUUGUGAAGAAUGGAGUGUACUGUUUGGUUGCCAUUAUUAGAGGGGAAAUUACGGGAAAGUUGAGAUACAAGGUAGGUAAGAACGCAGCAGAGCUAGAAUUGAAUGGAAUAUGUGCUUCUGUUGCCGAUAGGAGUUUAGUUGUUGUUGAAGGGGCCAGCAAGAGUGUUGAAAAGUACGAGAAUCUUUUUGAGAGGAGAAUCGACUGGAGUGCAAAUGGGAGUCGACUUAACAUACUGUGGAAGGGCAAGAUAGCGUCAAGUAAAUUCCAAAAGUGGAGCAUGUAUGCAUUUGAUGGGGACGUUGAAAUCAAAGAGUUUCUACGAGGGUUUGGAAUUGAGAAUUGGUGGGUUGGAUAUGAUUGA